AUGAGCGACUCGGAAAACAUCGAAGUCCCUGCGCGGACAAGAAUACCCUACUGGCGAUUAGUCGCUGACCAGGCUGGCAUCACACCAGAGGUUCGAGAUUACAAGUACGAUGGCUCAGGUACUGAGGAAGACCCCUACCGUGUGAAAUGGAUCCCCAACGAUCCCCGAAACCCUAUGACCUUCAGCUUGGUCAAGAAGUGGUUCAUCACCAUGACCGUCGCUCUCACAACCCUUGCUGUCGCGCUCGUGUCGUCGGCUUACACAGGUGGUAUCCGUGAGAUCAUCAUGGAAUUCCACAUCAGCCAAGAGGUGGCUACCCUGGGUGUGUCGCUCUUCGUCUUGGGUUUUGCAAUUGGUCCCCUUCUCUGGGCCCCUCUCAGUGAGAUGUUCGGUCGUCAAUACCUCUUCAUCGGUACCUAUGCCGCCCUCACUGCCUUCAACUCAGGCUGCGCGGGCGCACAGAACGCCCAGACCCUGAUCGUCCUCCGUUUCUUCGCUGGCGCUUUCGGCUCAUCGCCUCUCACCAACGCCGGUGGUACCAUCGCCGACAUGUUCCCUGCCUCUCAGCGUGGUCUCGCCAUGGCCAUCUUUGCUGCUGCUCCCUUCCUCGGACCCGUUCUUGGUCCCAUCAUUGGAGGCUUCCUCGGUAUGAACGCUGGCUGGCGCUGGGUCAUGGGCUUCCUCGGCGCCUUCUCUGGUGCUCUCUGGAUCGUCGGUACCCUUUUGGUCCCCGAGACAUACGCCCCCGUCCUUCUCCGACAACGUGCCUCCAAGCUCUCCAAGAUCACAGGACAUGUCUACGUCAGCCAGAUUGACUUCGAGCGUGGUAAGAUUACUCUCACCGAGUCUUUCAAGACUGCCCUGUCGAGACCUUGGAUCUUGCUCUUCAAGGAGCCUAUUGUCCUUCUCCUCUCUGUCUACAUGGCUAUUGUUUACGGUACCCUGUACAUGCUCUUCGGCGCUUUCCCCAUUGUGUAUCAGCAGAACCGUGGCUGGAACUCUGGUGUCGGUGGCCUGGCCUUCCUUGGCAUCAUGGUCGGCAUGCUCUUGGCUAUCGCAUACACCAUCCCACAGAACAAGCGCUACAUCAAGAUCGAGCAGAAGAACGGUGGCUUCGCACCCCCCGAGGCUCGUCUUCCCGCCUGUCUUAUCGGUUCCGUCUGUCUGCCUAUUGGCCUCUUCUGGUUCGCCUGGACCAACGACCCUAGCAUCCACUGGAUGGCCAGUAUCGCUGCCGGUGUCCCCUUCGGAUUCGGCAUGGUUCUUGUCUUCCUCAGUGUUAUGAACUAUCUCAUUGACUCCUACACCAUCUUCGCCGCCUCCGUCUUGGCUGCCAACUCGGUUCUCCGAUCUCUCUUCGGUGCCGCAUUCCCUCUCUUCACAUCUUACAUGUACAAAGACCUUGGCAUCCACUGGGCUUCAUCUGUCCCUGCUUUCCUCGCCCUGGCUUGCGUUCCCUUCCCUUUCCUCUUUUACAAGUACGGUGCUUCCAUCCGUGAGAAGUGCAAGUUCGCCGCUCAAUCCGCUGCUUUCAUGCGCAAGCUUCAAAACGACGCUGCUCCCCCCUCUGAGGAGGAGGAGAAGAAUGACGAAACUGUUCCCGAGGAGGAGAACUUUGACGACGAUGCCUCAACAGAGGUUGAGGAGCCUGCCUACGCUCCCAUCACUGCUAGCAGGACACACCACUCUGUACGAUCGCACGCUUCUCGUGCAUCGCGCGCGUCGCGGGCUUCAAUGGCGUCGCGUCGCAGGUCGUAUGAGGGCAACCCUUACGACAUUGACAGAGUCAACACCAAGCAAUCAUUCACAUAA